AUGGCAGACGAGGUCGAAAAGACAAAGAAAAAGAAGUCCUUUCUUUCCAAAGUAGGCAGCGUCAGUGUUUCAGCCAUCGGCCUGGUAAUUAUGAGUGGUAGUGAUACACACAACGAGGUAGCCGGGUUUACCCCCAAUUUGUUCGGCGUCACAGGCGGCGCCAAGAUCAAGAACUGCGCAGGCAUCCCGGCCCCUGACCAGUUGCGUGCGAAUGUAUGUCGCGCUCUGUACAUCCCUAAGCACAAUGGCAGCACCAAGGGCGUGUUGCCGGUCUACGACUUUACUGAGGACUACCGAGACAAGCUGCGGGAAGAGAAUAUUGGAAGUGACAAGUGGAAGUACACGCUGAGCAUGAUGAGGAAGCCGCAGGGAGAUGGAAAAGAUGGCGCGCAAGUCGCAUAUUUGGUAGAUGUGGAAGAAGCCAAUGACACAGCCGAGAAGCAGGUGAUCAAUGUGAGGAAGAGGACCCUGAAAACAAAUGAAGGGAAUACAGCACUGUCAUUACCGAUCAAGGACUCCGAUGAACCCUUCACAUUCACGACUCCACCAUCAGCUGCAUACACUGUAACAACCUCACAUCAGAUUCCGCCAAUUGCAAAUGGUGCAGUCGCCGAAGCCUACCAAGCUCCAUGGUUCAAAAUCACUUCGACUGAAAUGCCCACAUCCUAUCAGUGGCAGAUCCACCCUGUCGAGCACGGGCCGUUACGGUAUACUCUCAUCGAGUUACCAUCAUCUCAAGACGCAUCGGCCCUUGAAACAGAGAACCAGCAUCGGAUCAAGGGCAUCUAUCACAACGUCGGUGUAGGCACGUCACUAGUACAGCCGUUCAGCGAGGGUGUGCUGCUCUUGCCGGCAAACAAGAACAUGAGUUCAGACCUGGAGAAUGCCGCUGUGACGAGCUUGAUUGGGCUAUUGUGGAUGGCCCGAGGUGUCCAGAAAGUGAAAAUGGAAGUCCCGGGCCUCAAGGAGACUACAAAGCCGAAAUCCAAAAAGAACGGCAGCUUCUUUGGCAGAUCACCCAAAGAGAGCAGAGAGGGUGAUGUGAUACGAUAG